AUGGGAGCAUCGGCGCGACGGGGAGUAAGCGGCGAUGCGUUGCCCGAAGGGAACGAGCUGAGCGAUUCGGGCGAUGCAGCGGCAUCGGCGGACCCGAAUAACGGAGCAGCCUAUAGCGGAGACAAGCUCCGCUCGAUAUUCGCGCAGGGGACGCGCUUUUCGGUUGCUAGUGAGCGGCCGUGGAGCAGCGGAGGGUGGGGCGCGACGGACGGGGCGUGGCGGACAGGGGGUGGCGGAGGGUGGGAUGUGGCGGACGGGGCGGGGGAAAGCGUUUCGGAGCGCGGAGACGCGGAGAGGGAGGAUAUAGAGCGGCGGGUUUCGUACAGUAGCAGCACUGCGGGCGCGGCUGGUAGUGUAGUUAGCAGCAGCACUGCGGCCUAUACUGAAACUGCUUAUAGCGAGACGCUGAUCAUCCAGCACACGGAUCGUGAUACGGGCUGCGAGAGUGUGACGUCAGCGUCUAGCUGCAGCGGGUACGACGCGCUUGCGUGGGGGGGGAGCGCGCCGAUGGGCGGAGGAAAUGCGCAAAUGGGCGGAGAGAACGCGCCACUGGGCGGAGGGAACGCGGUGAUCGGCGGAGAAAACGCACUGACGGGAGACGAAAGCGCGCUGAUAGGGGGGAGAAAUGCGCGGCUGGGGGAAACCCUUGCGGAUGGGGGCGGCGGAGACUUCGCGACCCUCUGGCGGAGCCUCCCCCGCGACCUGCGGCGCACGCGGUCGCUGCAGAGCCCGCGGGGGUAUCCCGGGGGGGAUGCGGGGGGAGGUUUUGGGGGGGAAUCGAGGGGGAAUGGCGGACACGUGGCGAAUGGCAGCAGCAGGUCCGCGGAGGGCGAGGAUCAGGGCAGCUACGUUCAACAGGGCAGCAUGCGACGAAUGGGUAGCGCAGAGAUGUUACCAGCUGUAGCGCAUGGGUCAUUUGUUCCGGCUGUAACGGGCGCAGCUGGCGCAGGCCCGCUCACCCCCUCCGCGCACACCCCCGCGGAUCUCCCCCCCACGUCCCCGCGGUCUGCUGGCGGCGCCGCGUGGGUGGUGAGCGUGCCGUCGUUCGCGCAGCACCGCCUGCGCGUGGCCUCCGCGGAGAGGGCCGCGCGCGGAGGGGGCGAGGGGCGCGGAGCGGGCGAGGGGCGGGGAGGGGGCGAGGUAAGGAUGGCAGACCAGGAUUCGCAGGACCAGCAGCAGCAACAGCCGUUGCCGCCGAGGGCGCACAGGCGAACGCGCAGCCUGCAUGCAGGCGACAUGGAGUGGAUGCGACUGGAGCAGAUCGGCGAGUUCACCAUCCCCUCCUUCCACCACCACUCCCCCGCUUUCCACCACUCGCCUUCCACUCUCCGACACGCCCUCCACUCCCCGUCCGCGCCCCUCCUUCAAUCUCGUCCGUCCCCUUCCGUGCUAUGCCGCUCCGCCUCGCUUCAAUCUCGCCUCCGCUCCCCCUGCUCCCCCCGCCUGCCUCCCCUUUCUCCCAGAAUUGCCGCUGGACCCUCCUCCUCCGUUACCACAUCGGCCGCCCGUGUGUUCCCCAUCCGGCAUAAGACCAGGGAGGAGCACUCGCAGCGGCUUUGA